UUGUGGGCAGUGGGCAAGAGGGGCUGUGAUAACGACAGAUGUCUCACAAACCGUGGGUUUAACAGGAGGGCUGAAAAGAGAAGAAACGCCCAGUCGCAGAUCGGACCUCAGGGAGAGAGUACUGUCUCGAACUGAUUCACAUUACAGGAGAAAAGAAAGUGUAUUCAACGCACUCUUACUCACGGAUUUCCACAGAAACAAAGAAGCAGAACAUCAUGGGAGGCAAGCUAAGCAAACGGAAGAAGGGAUAUGAUGUCAAUGACCCUAAGGAGAAGAAAGAGGAGAGUGUUGUGGCAGCAGUUGAACCAGCUGAGAAGAAGGCAGAGACCCCUGUGACUGAGUCGGAAGCUGCACCUCAGGAGGCUGCUGCAGUAAGUGCAGCUCCACCAGUGGUAGAGUCUGAGGCACCAGCAGAGAAGUCUGCCUCUCAUUCAGCAGCACAACCAGAGGUGAAGAUGGAUGAUGCCGCACCAGAAAAACCAGUGGCUAAAACAGAGGCAUCUACAGCUGCACCCAAGGAACCAGAAAGUGCUCCAGAGAAACCAGCAGCUGUACCAGAGUCACAAGCAGCAGAGGUACCAGCAUCUGCAUCAGAGGCAACAGCAGUAGAGGCAACGGCUGCUACACAAGAGAAACCAGCAGCAGAGAAACCAGCAGCUGCAUCAGAGGCAACAGCAGUAGAGGCUACAGGUGCUACACAAGAGAAACCAGCAGCUGCAUCAGAGGCAACAGCAGUAGAGGCUACAGGUGCUACACAAGAGAAACCAGCAGCUGCAUCAGAGGCAAUAGCUGCUACACAAGAGGAACCAGCAGCAGAGGCAACAGCAGCUGCAUCAGAGGCAACAACAGUAAAGGCCACAGGUGCUACACAAGAGGAACCAGCAGCAGAGGCAACAGCAGCUGCAUCAGAGGCAACAACAGUAAAGGCCACAGGUGCUACACAAGAGGAACCAGCAGCAGAGGUACCAGCAUCUGCAUCAGAGGCAAAAGCAGUAAAGGCCACAGGUGCUACACAAGAGAAACCAGCAGCUGCAUCAGAGGCAAUAGCUGCUACACAAGAGAAACCAGCAGCAGAGGUACCAGAAGCUGCAUUAGAGGCAACAGCAGUAGAGGCUUCAGGUGCUACACAAGAGAAACCAGCAGCAGAGGUGCCAGAAGCUGCAUCAGAGGCAACAGCUGCUACACAAGAGGAACCAGCAGCAGAGGUGCCAGAAGCUGCAUCAGAGGCAACAGCUGCUACACAAGAGGAACCAGCAGCUGCAUUAGAGGCAACAGCAGUGGCACCAGAGGUAUCAGCAGCCAAGGAACUUGCAGAUACACCAGAAGCAUCAGCAGCCGAGGACCCUUCAGCUACACCUGAGGAACCAGUGACAAAAGAAUCUGCAGCUGCACCAGUAGUAGAGGAAACUGCAGCUAGACCUAAGGCACCAGUGACAGAGAAACCUAUGGCUGCAACAGAAGAACCAGCCGCUGCACCAGAGAUACCAGUGACAGACGAACUAGUAUCUGAGCCACCUGCAGCUGCACCUGAGGAACAUGCAACUGUGCCAGAGGCUGAGGAUUCUGCAGUUGCACUCAAGGAUCCUGAACCUGUGCUAGAAGAGCCUGUAUUGUCACCUAAACUUGAAGCUUUGCCAGUGGAACCUGUCACAGAGAAAGAAGUGGAGAAAGUGGUUGAGGAGGCUGCAAAUACCAGUGAAUUGUCCACCGAAAUUACAGACACCAAUGAGGUUACACCAGAACCAGAAACUGUUACUGAGGCAGCAGCUCCAGAGCCAGUCGCCAUGUCUGCCCCAGUGUUUGAACCGGUUCCCAAGGAAUUGAGUUCAGAUGUCGAGAUGACUGUGCCUUCCCCAGAGGAACCCACACCAGUCACAGAGCCUGAAUCUGAAACUGCUGCACCCCCUGAGGUUACACUAACACAAGCAAGUCCUGAGCCAUCCCCAGAGGAGCCAACACAACCCAAGCCUAUGGCAGAACAAAAGAGUGCAGAUGAGUCCAUUCCUGCAAUCGUCAUCUUAGAAUCAACCUCAACCAAUGAGCUAUGCCAUGAGGAACCUGCCUCAACUGUCACAGAUCUGAAGUUGAAUAAUGGAGACUGUGAGAGUGCUGGGUCAGCAGAGGAAUCUGUGUCGACUCCCCCUGAGGUAACUGGAGAAUGCCAUGAUCAAGCACCAGACAUAGCCCCUACGGAGGUCUUUGAGUACCCAGUUGAGGCAUGUAUAAAUGGUGUGAAGGACAAAGAACCCCCUCCAGAGCUAAGUGACUGUGAACUGAGAAAGGAAUUGAGUUUGGGUGCUGACUUUCAGGGUCCAGCUCCAAUUGGCGACAUGGUAGAAGUGCCACAGUGAGUCAGCUGAGCUGUCGACCUAGUUUGAGAAACACACCUUCAAAUGUGAAUUCCAUAUUGAUGCAAACAAAAAAGUGAAACAAUCGUCUGACAACACAGGCUUUUUGAAAA